AUGAAUCUCUCAUGUUUGCUUCUUGUCAACUUACUUCAUCUACUUCUUCCUGUAUCUAUAUGUCAUGCGGAUAUACCAUCUUUUAUUGGAAGGAAAAAACUUGAAAUGUAUUUCGAUUGUGUAAUUAAAGGUUAUAAAUUACAGCUUAUCUCUAAUCUAAAUACAGAAUUUGUGAAGAUAAUGGAAAAAGUAGAAGGUGAAUAUGCAAACCAUUCAAUGAAUAGUUCGAAAUCAUCCGAGAUAAAGAAGUGUUUUGAGAACAAUGCAGAGAAUGCAAAACGAGGGCUGAAAGAAAACCAUCCGGAAAAUUGUCCAAUACCUGAUACAAUAUAUAAAGAAGGUACCAUUAUGCAUUCGUAUUUUUCAUCAAUAGUAGUAAACACUUUGUAA